UGAUCACAUGAUGGCAGACCUAGGAAUUCUUGUUUCAUUUGUGUGGUUAAUGCAGAGAAUGUAAUGGGCACAUGUAGAUUUAUAGAUGCUAAGUCCAAUUGGUCUGUGAUUUAUUUUUUUCACCUACACAUAGUCUCUUUAUCUUGUAUGGAAAGUUUCUAACAAGUUUAAUAUCUGUGGGAAUGUGAUAGUGCUCUUAUACAAUCCAGUUUACUUUUGCUAUUUUAAGAAGACUGCAAGAAAUCUACAGAAACAGGCAAGAAGAGAGACUCUAUCAAGUGAUAGAGUAAUGUAUCUGGAUAACAAAGAUGACAGUGCAAUAUCUAGAAAAUUAGAUAUGGAGCUGACACAGGCUUCAGUCCCUCACCACAUGGAUUUGCUUGGAGACAUGGCAGUGGAACCGAUUUCCAACAACUUCCGUGAGCUGAAGCUGCUGAAGGAAAUGAUGGCUGUUCAGGGAGAGCCACAAAAAACCUAUCCAAACAGCGUCCGUGAACCAGACUGUUGCAUUACACUGGGAAAAGAUUUCAAUCCACUGGCCUUUCAAGGGAGGUACCAUUUUAGUUUGCCCAAAUUUUUCAGCACAAGAUCUAAAGACAGCUGUUUUACAGAGAGAACACCUCUAUUGAAAGUUUCCUCUGAAGAAAAUGGGUUAAGAUGCAUGGCUGUUCAUAACACAGAUUUCACCACAGAUUAUGAUUCUUGGGAAAAUAGCUCUGCUGAAUUUGAGCAAGGAUUUCAGCCAGGAAGUGAAAUGACCAGCUUGUCCAGAUCUGCUUCCUCUUCAGAGAAAUGUGAAAUCUUGGACAGCUUUCAUGUCAAAUUCAAUUUAUCUAAAAUGAGGUGCUGUUUAAGAUUCCUUAAAGUUUCUGGCCUUUUUAUAUUUGUAGUUGUAUGCUCUAUUUUAUUUAGCAUUCAUCCUGAAAAUGGAAUGCCUUGGCAGAUGCUGGCAGUGUCACCUACAGAUAGCUACACUAUAAACUUUACGAAUGUUCUUGAUUCAGCCCUUCUAAAGGUAGAACUAGGAGGGCCAUUUGUAGCAGAUGUGGUUGACCGGCGACCGGAUGAAUUUAUUUUAGUUCAAAUUGGACAGGUAGAAGACUCUGGGACUAAAAGGAGACGUCAGCAGCAAAUCUUGUACAACUGGACCCUAUCUUUAAAUUCCAGAAAAAGUGAACAAAUUAUUAUGAGUAGAACCUUUGAGAUAUUAAACAGUAAAGAAAACUCCAUGAGUGUUCAGGCUUUUCUUCAGGAAUCAGAAAUUGUGCCCCUUUCCAUGACAUAUCGAUAUCUUCGCGCAAAUGUAGAGACACAAGUCACGAUUGCUUCGGGCAUUUUAGCAGGUGUUUAUGUACUGAUCAUAUUUGAGAUUGUUCACCGAACUUUAGCUGCAAUGCUGGGUUCCCUGGCUGCCUUAGCUGCACUGGCUGUAAUUGGAGAUAAGCCAAGCCUCGUCAAAGUAGUGGAGUGGAUUGAUUUUGAAACUCUGGCGUUACUUUUUGGAAUGAUGCUUUUAGUUGCCAUCUUUUCAGAAACUGGAUUUUUUGAUUACUGUGCAGUCAAGGCUUACAGGCUGUCUCGAGGCAAUGUAUGGGCUAUGAUUAUUAUUCUUUGUCUGAUUGCUGCAAUUCUCUCAGCCUUUUUGGACAAUGUUACCACCAUGCUUCUCUUUACUCCAGUAACCAUAAGGUUAUGUGAGGUGCUUAAUCUUGACCCCAGGCAUGUCCUGAUUGCAGAAGUAAUCUUCACAAACAUUGGAGGUGCUUCCACAGCUGUUGGAGAUCCACCAAAUGUGAUUAUUGUUUCUAAACAGGAGUUGAGGAAGGCGGGACUGGACUUUGCAGCAUUUACAGGACACAUGUUUGUUGGAAUAUGUCUUGUGCUUCUGGUCUCCUUUCCUUUCCUGCGGCUUCUCUACUGGAACAAAAAACUUUACAACAAAGAGCCAAGUGAAAUUGUUGAACUGAAACAUGAAAUCCAUGUAUGGAGACUAACAGCACAGCGAAUUAACCCUGCCAGCAGAGAAGAAACUGCUGUUAAGUGCCUUUUAAUGCAAAAAGUUCUCGCUCUAGAUAUCUUGCUGAGGAAAAAACUGACAACAUUUCAUAGACAAAUAUCACAAGAAGAUAAAAACUGGGAAACAAACAUCCAGGAGUUGCAAAAGAAGCACAGAAUAACUGACAAGAUGCUUCUCAUCAAAUGCCUGACUGUUUUGGGAUUUGUUAUUCUCAUGUUCUUUCUCAAUUCAUUUGUUCCAGGAAUUCACUUGGAUCUUGGGUGGAUUGCUAUGUUGGGAGCUGUAUGGCUUCUCGUAUUAGCCAACAUCCAUGAUUUUGAGAUGAUUCUGAACAGAGUGGAAUGGGCAACACUCCUUUUUUUUGCUGCAUUGUUUGUUUUAAUGGAGGCUUUGGCACACCUUCACCUAAUAGAAUAUAUAGGAGAACAGACUGCUUUGUUAAUCAAGGUGGUGCCUGAGGACCAACGCUUGACAGUUGCUAUCAUUUUAGUACUCUGGGUCUCUGCUCUAGCAUCAUCUCUAAUUGACAAUAUUCCAUUCACUGCUACAAUGAUUCCUGUACUUCUCAACCUGAGUCAAGACCCUGAUGUUAACUUACCUGUGAAGCCCCUGGUCUUUUCAUUGGCCAUGGGUGCUUGUCUUGGAGGUAAUGGAACAUUGAUAGGAGCAUCUGCAAAUGUUGUCUGUGCGGGCAUUGCUGAGCAACACGGUUAUGGCUUCUCUUUCAUGGAAUUUUUCAGACUGGGCUUCCCAAUGAUGAUCAUGUCCUGUACUAUUGGGAUGUGCUAUCUCCUCAUUUCCCAUGUUGUAUUGGGUUGGACCUAAUAAUACAUUAAUAUCAUAUAUUCAGUAUAUGUGUAUAUUGAAGACCCAAAGAGACUUUCUUUUUAAUUCAUGCUGUACUUUCAAAAGCUGAAAAGCAAAAGAGCAAAGUGAAAAAACCUCACACAUUAUAAUCCCAGGCCAUCACACUUCUGUUUCAAGUAUGGAAAUACCACUGCCCACAUGAAUUUUUCUGCAUGGAAAAGGCAACCUUGUACAUUUCAGUGAAUGAAGAUGAUUCCCAUUUGGUCUAGAAUCUCACCCUCCUAAAAUUAAAUAGAGACCAUUGUGAAUGGAAGAAAAUAUAUGUUCAUUAUGUGGUUGUAUAUGGAACUCUGGAUCAAUGCAACUGGCAACCAAAAGGCCAUGAAACACAUGAUCAAAAAGGAUAACAUGGUAGUUUUUGCUGAAUGUUUGUGAUUUUAGAGUUCAUAGGAAAACUGCAAUGUUACUGAUCUACAAAAAGAAAACAAUCAUGGCAUGGUUAAAAACCAGCCUAAAUGCUUUCCUUACUUUUGUGUGUGCAAAAUACAGCUUUUUUAAAAUAUGGGAAGUAUUCAAAUUUGAUUGCUAACCUGCAGUAUGAACAGACAAAUGUUUUAUCAUGAUUCUCAUGGUUCAGCUGUUACCAAUAUCCUUUGUGGCUUUGUUGUUACGUUCGUCCCUAGCUAAGUGGUUUGAUUUGAAAACCUUGAUGAGGUCUGAGCACAUGCUCUCCAGGUGUGGUAUUCAGUUAAAAAAUAUUGAUUGGAGGGCUUCUUCAAACAAGCCUUUUUCCAUUAUUUUACUAUUUACUGCUGUUUCAAGUGAGCCCUCCUUUCUGCAGCUUUCGAUAAUUUUUUUUCCCAAUUUUUUCAAGUAAUUCCAACCAAUCAGGGACCAUGCACUGGAUAUUAUUCAGCCUACUGGAUGUUGACAUCACUAAUGGCAAAUGUAACACAUUUAGAGUAAGCACAAUACUUUGCAUAUACAUGGGAAUAUAAAAUCACGUAGGCAAUCACAGCCAUUCAGGGAUUACUCUAAAAAACAACCACUUUUCAUAGUCUGUUCUUAAUGAAAACUGCAAAUUAUUGUAAGAGAAAGGCCUCAUUCAGUUUUCACAGAUUGUAAAAUCUUAUAAUGUUCAGUCUUAAUUAUUAUGUAUAUAAACAUUAACUGAAACAUUAAUAUCACAAGGGACUGUAUUUUCUCCUGAAAUAAUGUACUGCUAUAAUCUGUAAAAUAGUCAUAGAUGAAAAUUCCACUUACAGAAGCAGAUGUUCAGUAGUCUCUCAUUAGAACUUCCUUUGUCAGUGCAGUUUAGCUAUUUAUAUUAAGGCAUCUGACAUGCAGCCCUGCUUGGUAUGGUAGAUAUGCAAAUAGCCAAGCUGUACUGUUUAUCAUGAAAUAUAUAUAUUAAAGGUAUUGAAAAUGGGAUUUGAAACAGAAACAAUCACCCCUUUUUAACUGACUCAUGGCUUUCUACAGAUAAGUAUUUUCACAGGAAGUAUUAUUCUGCACCAAGAGAGAUUUAUCUAAAUAAAACAUUUGGGAUAAUUAGCAUGACAGAUAAAUACCAGGGCUGUUUAGCUAGGACUUGUGUAGGGGUAUACAGUAUUUGCAGUAUUUUAGCUAGCUAUGCAUAUAUACUUGCAUUGGAGUUAUUAAUGACAAAAGAACAAAUCCUUCACUACUUCUGUGCAUGCCUUUGGAAAGAGAGAAUUACUCUCUGUGAUUGCAAUUACAGAACCCAGGAAGAACUAUGGAUGUUACAGAAUGAAUGUAUCUCAAAUUAAAAUGUGUGUUGCUAUCUCCUUUCCUGAUUAAUGCUAUUCAAUUAGUGCUUCAGUAGCUGCCAGUACCAAAGAGACAACUGUUUGUUCAGUUUAGAAUACAUUUUAUCUUCAUUUGAAAAAACCUAUAACACUAUAAAAUUUGCUCCUGCUGCAACUACGGUUCCUUCGUAUACGCACCUAAUACUUCAUUGGAUACUUCAUCCAGAAGCUUUUAAAAGCUAAGAGGAAAAUGAGCCGGUUUCCCCUAUCAGUAUGAGACCACAUAUGGAAACUUUGUGCUCAUGGAAGAUAAGGAACUAGCAGUUUUGUAUUGUUUUGUUUUAGCUAAUGAGGAUUAUACUUCUUUGGUUGUUAUAUGGUAAAAUAAACAUUUAAUAAUACUUCAA